AUGUGUAUUGCGGAAACUAUUGCAUCAAAGAAAAUCCGUUGUUUCCCAAGGCCGUCCUAUAGGUUGCAAGCUACUGUAAGGUUCUUAGAAUCUCUAAGUCCAGGGUCAGUCCCUAAGCGAGAACAAGGGACUGAAUCUCCAGAGCAUCGCUCCAGCCACAAGAGCCUAAAGAAGAAAGCCUUCCAGGACCACCCAGGACAGGGACAUCUGUGUCCUUCACGUUCCCCCAGCACUGACUAUGAGGAAGGUUGGAGGCCUAGUUCCAGAGGGCACACACAAAAUAUUUCCAGGACUUCCCUGGUGGUCCAGUGA